ACGCAAAGAGGCAGUGCUAAUCCUGCCAAUGUUCAAGGAAGGGACGCGGUUUCGAGAAGGUAAUUGGCCCUAUUUCGAGUUGUUUUAAUACAGUGGAAAAAAACCAAACCAAAACAAAACCGAGCUGAUCAUGAUUGAACCGAGAGUCCCAGUGACAUGACGCACUUUCGCUUCAAGAAAUAGUGGGUCGUCUGGGCUGCCGUAGAGACGAGCCAAGCACGCGUGCGCAGAAGCCAGGCGGCCGUGCGUCGGGUCAGCAGCCGGGAGGACUGCGGUGGCGACCCGGACCCGAGCCAUGAAGAGCCGCUUCAGCACCGUUGAUCUCCGCGCGGUGCUCGCGGAGCUGAAUGCCAGCUUGCUAGGAAUGAGAGUAAACAAUGUUUAUGAUGUGGAUAACAAGACAUAUCUUAUUCGGCUUCAAAAACCUGAUUUUAAAGCUACAUUGUUACUUGAAUCUGGUAUACGUAUUCACACAACAGAAUUUGAGUGGCCAAAGAACAUGAUGCCAUCUAGUUUUGCCAUGAAGUGUCGAAAACAUUUGAAGAGUCGGAGAUUAGUCAGUGCAAAACAGCUUGGUGUGGAUAGAAUUGUGGAUUUCCAAUUUGGAAGUGAUGAAGCUGCUUAUCAUUUAAUCAUUGAGCUCUAUGAUAGGGGGAACAUUGUUCUUACAGAUUAUGAGUACCUAAUUUUAAAUAUUCUAAGGUUUCGAACUGAUGAAGCAGAUGAUGUUAAGUUUGCUGUUCGUGAACACUAUCCCAUUGAUCAUGCCAGAGCUGCUGAACCUUUGCUGACUUUAGAAAGAUUGACUGAAGUCAUAGCUAGUGUUCCUAAGGGUGAACUGCUGAAGAGAGUUCUUAAUCCAUUACUUCCCUAUGGACCAGCUCUUAUUGAGCACUGUCUUAUAGAAAAUGGAUUCUCUGGCAAUGUCAAAGUGGAUGAAAAACUUGAAAGCAAAGAUAUUGAAAAAAUCCUGGUUUGUGUGCAGAAGGCAGAAGACUAUAUGAGAAAAACAUCCAACUUCAAUGGAAAGGGCUAUAUAAUUCAGAAAAGAGAGGUAAAACCAAGCCUGAAUGCAGAUAAACCAGCUGAAGAAAUACUCACGUAUGAGGAAUUUCAUCCUUUCUUGUUUUCUCAACAUUUACAAUGUCCAUAUAUAGAAUUUGAAUCAUUUGACAAGGCCGUGGAUGAAUUUUAUUCCAAGAUAGAAGGUCAGAAAAUUGAUUUAAAAGCUUUACAACAGGAAAAACAAGCCCUGAAGAAAUUAGAUAACGUUCGAAAGGACCAUGAAAACAGACUAGAAGCUCUCCAGCAGGCUCAGGAACUGGACAAACUGAAAGGAGAGCUUAUAGAGAUGAACCUACAGAUAGUCGACCGAGCCAUCCAGGUCGUCCGAAGUGCAUUAGCCAACCAGAUAGACUGGACAGAGAUCGGAGUGAUUGUGAAAGAAGCCCAGGCUCAAGGAGACCCUGUGGCCACUGCAAUCAAAGAACUAAAACUGCAAACAAACCAUGUUACCAUGCUGCUGCGAAAUCCAUACUUGUUAUCAGAGGAGGAAGAUGAUGAUGGUGAUGGUGAUGCCAGUGUUGAGAACAGUGAUGCUGAACCACCAAAAGGGAAAAAGAAAAAGCAAAAGAACAAGCAGCUGCAGAAGCCUCAGAAAAACAAGCCGCUGCUUGUUGAUGUGGAUCUCAGCCUGUCAGCCUAUGCCAAUGCCAAAAAAUAUUAUGAUCAUAAGAGGUAUGCUGCUAAAAAAACUCAGAGGACCGUUGAAGCUGCUGAGAAGGCAUUUAAAUCAGCAGAAAAGAAAACAAAGCAAACCUUAAAAGAAGUACAAACAGUUACUUCUAUCCAGAAGGCAAGAAAAGUGUAUUGGUUUGAGAAAUUUCUGUGGUUCAUUAGCUCAGAGAACUAUUUAAUUAUAGGUGGUCGAGAUCAGCAACAGAACGAGAUCAUCGUGAAAAGAUACUUGACACCAGGAGAUAUUUACGUGCAUGCUGAUCUUCAUGGAGCUACCAGCUGUGUGAUUAAGAAUCCAACAGGAGAACCCAUCCCUCCACGGACUUUGACUGAGGCAGGCACAAUGGCACUUUGCUACAGUGCUGCUUGGGAUGCACGAGUUAUCACUAGUGCUUGGUGGGUGUACCAUCAUCAGGUGUCCAAAACAGCACCAACAGGAGAGUAUUUGACAACCGGGAGCUUCAUGAUAAGAGGAAAAAAGAAUUUCCUUCCUCCUUCGUAUCUAAUGAUGGGGUUUAGCUUCCUUUUUAAGGUAGAUGAGUCUUGUGUUUGGAGACAUCGAGGUGAACGGAAAGUCAGAGCCCAGGAUGAAGACAUGGAAACCCUGACAAGCUGCACAAGUGACCUCAUGUCGGAAGAGAUGGAACCACUAGAUGGGGAUGACAGCAGUGAGGAGGAGAAGGAGGAGCUCCACAGAGCUCCUGGAGAAGGAGAACUCAGGACUCAGCUCCAGCGGGAGGACGUGGCUGCUCAGAGGGGCCCGGAUGAAGUGAGUGAGGAAUUGGUACCCGAAGAAAGCUCUGAAGAUGAAGAAGCCAACAAAGUCACAAAAGAUGAGCCGGUUGGUGAAAUGAAGGAGGAGGAGGAGGAGGAGGAGGAGGACACCUUCGAUUACCCUGACACCACCAUUGACCUGUCCCACCUGCAGUCCCAGAGGCCUCUGCAGAAACUGGCUUCGAAAGAAGAAUCUUCUAAUUCAAAUGACAGUAAGUCACAGAGCCGAAGACAUUUGUCAGCCAAGGAAAGAAGAGAAAUGAAAAAGAAAAAGCUUCCAAGUGACUCAGGGGAUGUGGAAGUGAUAGACGGGAAGGACAAAGAAAAGGAAAAUGCUGUGCACACUGAAGCUUACCAGACCAGCAGCAAAAGUGCCGCAGCUGGGCAGCCGAUGAAGAGAGGACAGAAGAGUAAAAUGAAAAAAAUGAAGGAAAAAUACAAAGACCAGGAUGAAGAAGAUCGUGAACUUAUUAUGAAAUUGCUAGCAUCUGCAGGUUCAAACAAAGAAGAAAAGGGGAAGAAAGGAAAGAAAGGAAAAACGAAAGAUGAACCUGUGAAGAAACAGCCACAGAAACCCACAGGUAGACCGCAGCGGGCUUUAGAUGUUGUUCAGAAGGAACCUCCAUCCCUUCAAGUUGUAACUCAUGACUUACAAGACUUAGCUGUAGAUGAUCCUCAAGAUGACAAGGCUCAAAAAUAUCCAUGCCAGAUAUGGUGGCAUAUAGCUAGAAUCCCGGCACUUCAGAAGCCGAAGCAGAAGGAAGGGGCCAGCUUAGAUGAGUAGCAGGUCAUGCAGAGGGGAAAUCCCUAAGAGGUAUCAUUAAUCUUCUUUCAUGGGUGUGGAUUAUGGUCUAAAUGCCAGUGUGGUAAUAUUAACAAGUGGAGGUUUAGGGGCCUGGCAGUAGAGGCACACAUCUUUAAUCCCAGCACUCGGGAGGCAGAGGCAGGUGGAUCUCUGUGAGUUUGAGGCCAGCCUGGUCUACAGAGUGAGAUCCAGGACAGGCACCAAAGCUACAUAGAGGAACCCUGUCUGGAAAAACCGGAAAAAAAAAAAAAAAAGAAGUGGAGCUUUUAGAAAGGGAAGUAAUGCCCUUAUGAGGUUGAAGGGACCCUGUCAAAUGAAGACCUGGCCAUCAGAUGCCAGUUUUUGUUGUUACUGUUUGAAGGGUCUCAUGUAGCUGGGUGGCGGUGGCGGUGGUACACACCUUUAAUCCCACCACUCAGGAAGCAAAGGAAGGUAUAUCUCUGUGAGUUUGAGGCCAGCGUGGUCUUCAGAGUGAGUUCCAGGACAGCCAGGGCCACACAGAGAAACUGUCUCAAAAACAAACAAACAAAACCAAAAUAAAUAAAGUCUCAUGCAGCACAGACAGACUGUUCCUAAACUUGCUGUUGCUGAGAAAACUCCUCAUGCCUGGACCUUUUAAGGGCAGGGGUUACAAGUGUGUCCUACCAUACUCUACUAAGGUACCAUUUCAAGGCAAGUCUUCACAAAAUAUGCUGUCCUGAUCUUGAACUUUUAGCCUACAGAACUGUUAGAUGUAAAUUUAUUUUUUUAAAAAAUUGUGCACUCUGAAGUCUCUUGUUAUAGCAGCCUAAACAGACUGAGACUAGUUUGUCUCCAAAUAGGUAUUGUCCACAUAACUUAAAUAUACAAAACUAAACUUAUCUCAAUAUUGUUGGCAAACAUUUUUUUGAAGUUCUUUUUGUAAGAUUAUUUUCUCUGCAAAUAUUGAACUUAGUUCUUACUUCAGGUUGUUUCUACAACUUAACACAACUUCAGCAUAUACUUUAAAAGAUUUUGUCACAGUGAUAAAAAAAAACCUUAUUUUUCUCUUUCAAUGGCAAUGCUUUCUAAAGUAUUAAAUACGUACACACUGAUCCACUUUAGAGUUUUAGGGGACCUAAGUUGUAUUCUACAAUUUCCUACUUUAUGAGUUAUACAACAGCCUUAUUAUGUCAAUUUCUUUCUGCUUUUUGUCUUAUUGGUACAAAAUUUCAUAUCUGACUUUAAUCUUUUUUAUGUUUGGAACUAGGAAGAGCAUGAUCUGGAUCAGCAAGGAAAUGAGG